AUGGACGCGCGGGUCCGUCUAUUUCAAGGACUACCAACUGACACGGACAUUGAGGCGCUUCAGGGCCCACAUUUUAUUGUAAUCGACGACCAAUCUGAUCGGCGCCUAACCGCGAAUCUCAGCUUCCUGAAACGACUCCAAGCCGCCAAGAAUAUGCGUAGAAUUCUACGGAAGGCGUCGUACGAUCAGCUAGGAUGUCUUAUCGAGUCGAUGUACAACGUUAAAGCAGGCAAUGUUCCACUUCAUAAAUAUGAAAUUCGGAAGCUGAAGCGCCACGUAGACACAAUCGAUCACUUAUCGCGCCAGCGACAAGAAGAGGCGGCGCGUCGCGGACUUGUUCAGACCGGAGACGGCCAAGACUUUUGCUCAAUGUUUCGUAAAAUGCGACUUGUUCCUUAUAGCCAACAGGGAUCCGGACAACCAUUCACGCGCUUCACCCAAGACGACGUCGACAAGCAGCGACUACUCGAUCUGGACAAGCGCCGUACCGUCGACGCUGGCGUCACAGUUCCUGAAAAAGAGCUAAAUAAAAUUGUCGCUCAUCUAAACACACCCGAAGACAAGCGUGGGAAGGAUCCUCCGUUCUUGGUAGACGUGUUGGACGCCGUGAAAAUCGCCAAUCCUGCAUCACCCUUGUUUGCACAGUACAGCACGCCCCUAUUGAACCGGAACGGGGUAGACGAGACGUACGACGAUCUGGAAGCGACGCCUCGACCCAGUCAUAAAAGAAAGCUGUUCACUCCGAAAUCGUACAGCAAGCAC